AAAUGGUUAAAAAUGUUGAGUCCAUCAGUCAAUUCAAUUGGGCAAAGCACACCCUUGAUUUUCUUGUCGACCGCAUUGCUAUUGCCAAGGUCAAAGAGCGGUCUGCUAUGUGCGGCUGUUUGCUUCUUCUAAUGUUAUUUUACUUGGAACAAUUUGCUCGCAAAAGGGAGUUGGUGGCUAUUUCCAACUCCAUUCCUCGCUUAUCCUAUUGGGGCAAUUCAGAAAUUAAGCAGGGUUUGAAUCAAAUUAAAGCUUUGGGAGGAUAUUUAAAUGUUGAGGUGGCUUUGCCUAACAUUGGUGAAAAGUCCAAUGCAGUAACUCUUAGCCAGGGAAGAAUUGACAAGAAUGAUGACUCCCGAUUGGCUAAAGUUGAGAAACAAGUCAUUGAAAUUCAUGCCCUUUUGGUCCAAGGCCACAAGGACACAAGGCAAGAUGAGGAUGAGAAACGUCUAACCAAAGUGGAGAAUCAAGUUGAAAAAAUUCUUCAGUUGUUAGAAAAACACAUGCCAGUUGAUGGAGAACAAGUUAAAACACCACCAGCCAAACUACUUGCGGAGCAGCGACUGGUCAAAAUGGAGAACCAAGUUGGUCAAAUUCUUGAGUUGUUAGAACGACGCAUUCCAGUUGAUGGUGGAAAUGUUAAAACACCACCAAGCAAACUACAUGAGGAUCAUCGAACUGACAUUGAAAUGGUUGGUGUCGAUGAUAGUGGUAUCGAAAAGGUUGCAGCCAAUUCCCCAAAGUUUGUAGAUGAGGAUGAGAUAAGGAAUAUGAAUGACAAAAAACCAAUGGAAACUUUGCAUUUGAGAAAAACAAAACCAAUCCUCACACCACCAAAUGCAAAGGCAGUUGCAAAGAAACGAGCCAAAUUGUGUUGUUCGUGGUCCUCAGACUCGAGGGACCCAGAAUUGCAAAGCCAGUCAGUGGUUGCGUACACCUUUUGUGAAAUUUGA